AUGGCGGGGGUGAAAAAUAAAGGAGAGGUUUUGAAAGCUCCAGCCAUCAGGAGUGAUGGUCCCCCAAGGGCAGUACUGACCCUGGAACCCGCAUGGUUCAAUGCGCUCCAAGGGGACAAUGUGACUUUGACUUGUGAUGGGUUCCAGACUCCUGGACAGGAUUCCAUUGAAUGGCUCCACAAUGGGUCAGCUAUCCCCAUCCACCAGGACUCCUAUAUCAUCCCAACUGUCUUUGAGGAGGACAGUGGGGAAUACCAGUGCCGGACAGAACACACAGCUCUCAGCAACUCUGUGCAACUACAGGUCUCUAGAGAUUGGCUGCUUCUCCAAGCUGAGAGAUUAGAAUUCCUGAAAGGUGACACUAUGACCCUGAGGUGCCACAGCUGGAGGAGCCAACCGCUGCAUAAAGUCACAUACUACCACAAUAACAAAGCCUUAAAGUAUGAUUUUCAGAGUUUCAACUAUAUUGUCUCUCAAGUGAACCAUACUCACAGUGGAUCCUACUCCUGUUCAGGGGUCAUGGGGCAUAUUUCCCAUGUAUCCGCAACUGUGGUUAUCACUGUCAAAGAUCCAAUUCCAUCCACUUCCUUGUCUUCUAAAAUCUGGUACUACAUCCCUUUCUACCUUGUGAUGGGAAUUCUGUUUGCAGUGGACACUGGUCUGUACUUCACACUUAAGGGAGAGGUCAAUGGCCCAAAGAAGAACACAAGGCUCCCUCUAACCAGCUGGCAUAAAGAACCUGAGGAUGACUGAUUCAUCAGCCUGUGGAAUGACUGGGGUCUUGGCAUCGCAGUGACCCAUUCAUCUCUGUCUACUUCCUCCUCUCCUAGUCCUCAUCCUUCUUAGUCCAUUCCUGAAGGCAAUAGUGAGUGACUUCUGUCAAGCUUGGGAUGAGGACUCUUCCUUAUCCCUGACCUCCAGUAUCCCUUUGUCUUCAGAGGAUAGAGGUGUCUGUGAGUUCCAGGCAAAGUAGUCAGCCCCAACUAGCACCCUUCUCAUGGCUGAGUUCCUAGAAGCUCAGGGCUGCACCAUUACUCACCCUAUACACAUAAGGACUCUGCAUGUAUUUUAGUAUUUUAAUUAAUAAACA